CAAAAGGACUCCAUUUGCCAACCAAUUUGCGCAAAAAUAAAACUGGCGCUCGUCAGGGUCAACCGAGCUGCAUAAAACCGAGGAGGGACGACGCGUUCUGCUGAUUCCUCUCUCUCCCCCUCUCUUUCUCUCUCUCUCUAGGGUUUCUUCGAUUAAUUUGAUGGCGCUUCGUCGUCUCCUCCGAGGGAAUUUAUUCGAGCAGGUUUCGGGCGUUCGAUCUCUCUCGACUGCGGCGACUCCGAUCAAAGCUACGCUCUUUCCCGGCGAUGGGAUCGGUCCUGAGAUCGCCGAAUCCGUCAAGGAGGUGUUCAAUGCUGCUGAAGUGCCUAUUGAUUGGGAAGAACAUUUUGUUGGGGAUCAAGUGGACUCAAGAACGCAGAGCUUUGUAACAUGGGAAAGUCUGGAAUCAGUACGCAAGAAUGGUGUGGGAUUGAAGGGACCAAUGGCUACGCCUAUCGGAAAGGGCCACAGAUCUUUAAACCUUACUUUAAGAAAGGAGUUGGGCCUGUAUGCCAAUGUCAGACCUUGUUAUAGUCUUCCUGGGUACAAAACUCGAUAUGAUGAUGUCAAUCUGGUCACAAUUCGUGAGAACACUGAAGGGGAGUAUAGUGGUCUUGAGCACCAGGUGGUGAGAGGAGUUGUGGAAAGUCUCAAGAUCAUUACUCGUCAAGCGAGUAUUAGGGUUGCAGAAUAUGCUUUUCAUUAUGCCAAGACUAAUGGCCGGCAAAGGGUGUCAGCUAUACACAAAGCAAACAUCAUGAGAAAGACUGAUGGCCUUUUCCUCAAGUGUUGCCGUGAGGUUGCUGAAAGGUACCCGGAGAUUACUUAUGAGGAAGUAAUCAUCGACAAUUGCUGCAUGAUGCUUGUGAAAAAUCCUUCUCUCUUUGACGUAUUAGUGAUGCCAAAUCUCUAUGGAGACAUUAUCAGUGACCUCUGCGCUGGCUUGAUUGGUGGUUUGGGCUUGACUCCUAGCUGCAAUAUUGGUGAGGGAGGCAUUUGCCUGGCUGAGGCCGUACAUGGUUCAGCUCCUGAUAUUGCUGGAAAGAAUCUUGCAAAUCCAACAGCUCUCCUUCUGAGUUCUGUUAUGAUGCUGCGUCACUUGAAUUUAACUGAUAAAGCUGACCGAAUCCAAAAUGCAAUACUGAAGACAAUAUCUGAAGGGAAGUAUCGAACUGGUGAUUUAGGAGGCACUGCAUCUACCACUGAUUUUACCAAAGCGGUAUGUGAUAAUCUUUGAAAAUUUUGAAUUUGAGUCAGGAAUUGAAAGCUAAACGACUCAUCAAAUUGAGUCGUGAGCAACAAAUAAAGGACCUGAUUUUUUAUUUUAUGUCCAUUACUUAAUUCUGUUUUCCAAGCAAUUUUAUAAUUGGCAACACCUUGAGCAGGCAGUUGUAUAAUUUUUUUUCUUUUUUCCUUUUCGUUUCUUGUGCUUUUACUGGGUAUACUUGUCAAUUAUUAUUUGGUUGACACUCUUUUAUAGAGAUGCUUAACAUUGAAACCAGAGAGGCAGAGUAAAUAAAAGAAUGAUCUUUUUCAGUGUCUAAA